AGAAGAAGAAGAAGAAGAAGAAGGAGGAGGAGAAACCAUUCGACUUCAUCAAACCCUCUGAAUUCAUUACAAAGCUUCAUCUCCCAUUCCUAUGCUUUUUUACCUUCAUUACAUUACUAAACCAUGCCUGGAUUCGACGCCUACGACCACCUCAACAUCUCUCUCAACCCCGACGGCACUGUCAACCGCCACCUCAAAAUCCCCUCCCUCCCCGCCACCCCCGAUGUCCUCACCCCCGACCAGCCAACCGUCAGCAAGGACGUGACCCUCAACGCCGACAAGAAAACCUCCCUCCGCAUCUUCCGCCCGACCAAACUGCCGUGCAACGACACCUCCGUCGCCAAGCUCCCGAUAAUCAUUUACGUCCAUGGCGGUGGGUUUAUUGAUUUCAGCCCGGCAACUGCCAUGAUCCACGAUCACUGCAGCAAAAUGGCGGUGGAGAUCCCGGCGGUGCUGGUCUCGGUGGAUUACAGGCUGGCGCCGGAGAGCCGGCUUCCGGCGCAGUACGAGGAUGCGGUUGAUGCGAUACUGUGGGUGAAGAAGCAGGCUGAGUUGGGAGGAGAGGGUGAUGAGUGGCUUAGAGACUACGGUGAUUUCUCGAGGUGCAACCUUUACGGCGCCAGCAACGGCGCAAACAUCGUGUUCCACGCCGCAUUACGAGCCAUGGACCACAAUCUAGAACCGAUGAAGAUCACAGGGCUAAUAUUGAACCAACCCAUGUUCAGCGGGAACAAACGGACGCGAUCCGAGCUCAAAUUCGCCACCGACCAGUUCCUCCCGUUGCCGGCGAUCGACCUCUACUGGCACCUCUCGUUGCCGCCGGGAACGGACAGGGACCACCGGUACUCCAACCCGAUGGCGGAUGGGCCCCACAAGGAGAAGAUAAAGUCUCUGGGGAGGUGUCUGGUGGUAGGGUUCGGAGGAGACCCGAUGGUGGACAAGCAGCAGGCGUUCGUGCAAAUGCUGAUCUUGGAAGGAGUCCCGGUGGAAGCGCGGUUCGACAAUAUCGGGUUCCAUGGGAUCGAUCUGAUCGAUGCCCGACGGGCCGCUGCUCUUUUGACUUUUAUUAAGGAGUUCGUUUGAUUGAUUUUGUUGGUGAGUUUAGGUUUCAUUUGAUGAUGGUUUCAAAACCAUUUGAUUUUACUAUUAAAGUUGUGCUAGCUAGAUGAUUAAUCAUCACAAGGAUAUAUAGCGGAUGCAAGCUGUUCAUCUG